GGCAGCGUGCGAGCGGCUUUUGCGUUGUUUGGAAAGUGUGGACCGGGACUAGCAAAACGUCCGACAUGAGUUUCGAAGUGGUCCACCAAAGACCCAGUCAACGAACAGAGAGGGAUUACAGUGUGGCCCGAACAGAGACUAGUGCGUGGGAGUGCUGUACCGUGAAACGACGAAGAGUAACAUUGAAGGAGAGAUGACGCAGUUGCGCGUGGAAAUGGACGUUUCUACGUAAGCGUAUAGGCAACGUCGAGUCUCGACUGUUGUGAGUAGUAUUUAAAUCAGUCCUCCGACAUAUUGUGAUAACGAAUCCGCUCUUCACUAACAGUUUCCUGCGUCGGUCGCGAGAGGAUAUGUUCUCUUACUGAGAACUUGUGGUGCUACCACUUUUACUGUUGACCGAAUGUGUUGGUGGCAGCAUUGUCCUUCGAGCUCGAUAGCGAGGACCCUGCUACUGUCCUGUCGGGGGGACAGAGCACAAUCUCCAUCCAGCUUGUCAGUGUGCACCAAAGCCUGUUCCACAUACCGGCGAUUGUAUUUAAAGAAUGAGCAAUUGUUCAAGGCGGGCCCGGGAAAGAAACGCUCCUGCGAUGUGGCAGGACGGUUGGAUCUGUUAAGCAUUUUCCAUGUCGCCCACAAUGUAUAGAAUUAUCACAUUCAGCGAAAUUGGACCUUCCUAUCCAAGGUGCAAGAGAGGUGGAACUGGAAGGUCACUGAAGCAUCAGGAGUCGAGUUGGUGAGAGGUAGCUGGGCAAAAUGGAAGAAAGAGAGUUUGCUAAAGAUGCGCAACGCACGAAGGCAUGGGUGGUGCAACCUGGCGACACGGCUUGGGAGAUUUCAGAACGAUUUGGGCUAACUGUCGAGCAGCUAACGCGCGUCAACAAGGUGAUUCCAGAUGUUUUGUAUCCAGGUGACGUUUUGCUGGUGCCAGAAGAUGCAGUUGAAAGGCCUGUCGGAUGGACAUUUCAGGCCGCGAAAGCGAGAAUUAAGGGCAUUGCUGCACAUGCGAAUGCCAAGUUUUUCGAUGUCUUUCCGCCCCCGAAAGACAUCGAUGAGUACAGACAUAAUUAUCGGGUGUUGCUGAAUGGUCUACGUGACGUCGAGACCAGCUUCAUCAUGCCUGCCCCAACAGGAGAUGGUGGGAUGAGCAUUGGACCCCUUCAAAUCAGCACUGCGUAUCAUACAGACGCAUGGUGGCAGGCUAGUCAUACGUCCAAGUACGAAUGCUGUGAAGAUGUUGAUUACGCAGAGCGCACAGUGAUAAAUUACUGGCUGCGCUGGUGUCCGUGGGCACUUGAGUUUGGGGACUUGGAGACAUUGGCUCGAACACAUAAUGGGGGUCCUCAGUUUUGGCAGUUUCUAUCAACCUCUCGCUACUGGAGAAAAGUGCGCAUUGCAAUGAAGAAGUGGGGCCACAGUCAAGGAUUUCCGGAGUUCCAAAACGUGCGACCAAGAAAUGAGAUGCUACCACUUUUCAAUGCUCAUAUACCCUUCCCGUUUCCAUUGUUUGAGAGUGCAGUUACAAGUGCAGCAGUGGGAACUGGAACUGGGGCUUUGUUGGCAGCAACAGCAACGGCCAUUGAUAUGGUUGAAGCCCAUUGUGUGCAGUCUGCGGAUGGGAGUGGAUAGUGUCACAACUAGGGAUGCCAAUUGACAUUUACUUUGAAAGUUGUGCUUGCUGCAAGUUGUAAAGAUUUUUUAUACAUAUAUGGCUCAUCCACCGGAUUUUAUCCUUGAAGUAUCUGGUCGAGACCAACAUUUGUCGCUUGCUUCGGCAGUGACGAAACAAGCAGGAAUGUAACUGUACUCACUCAAUCGGAGAUUCGAGCAUAACAUGCUUGAAGUCCAGGAUUCACUUUAGCAGAUAUACAUAUUGGAAGCAACUCUCCUGGUGCCUCCUUGUCUACUCAGUCAAGUGGAAGCUGGCUGGGUAGAAAAUACUGCGGACAGCUAAAUUAUUUCCCGGUUCACGUAUGUCGAGAGGUGUACUUGACCAACUUUAGCAUGUGAUAUUGUAUCGCUGUGUUUCAGAUUCAUGCUCAGCGUUCUGCUUCUGCUUGUUCGGAAAAUAAGGAUCAACAAACUUGAUCUUGUAGAUCCCAUUGAAAUUUCAUUUGAUCAUGAUCAAUUCUGUUUCGCGUACAUAACGCCCUUCAGCUCAUUGAUGAGUAAUGGAAGCGCUCAAAUACUGAUCUUUCA